UCCGGUAUGUUGCACUUGUACGACCGAUGAACCUCGAUCGGUCCUUCAUCGCGUGAUUGCUACAUCUCCAUUCUCUUGCAUGGACAUAUUUCGUAUGGUUAAAAAGAAACCACUAUAGAAGCAUCCCAGAAUGCUGCUAACCUUGGAUACAUUCUAAAAUGGAUCAAAAGAUUUCGUAAAGUCUCCAUUUCACAACGCUGCUUUCGAAUCAAUUAGUUUUUCUUUCAGUUGACCUUACAUUUGUUACCUAAACUUAAAAGACUGGUAAAUUGAGAAAUAAAACAACUUAAAAUAUGCUGUCAACUAUAGCGAGGGCUAUGUUUCCGUCUGUAACGCCCUUUAUUAGUAUGAUAAUGGAAAGUGAGAAGACAGCAGAUCAAAAAAAAGAAAUGGAUAACAUACCACCUUGGAGAGAAGCUGCCAGUGUCAUUAUAGUGGUGAGAGCUUCUCUGCAAGAACUCGUUGGUAAUAACUUAGCCAACAUGAUGCACAGAGCUCGCUCAUCCAAUCGCCAAGCAGUCAGCAAGAACCACUGUGACUACCGCCUUCUAAUGGUCAAACGCAGCAGCCUCAGUUCUUUUAUGGCCAACGCCUACGUUUUUCCAGGUGGAAUGGCCGAAAUAAGUGACUACUCGCCCAAAUGGUACGACGUAUUUCAGGCACAUGGUGUUAGUAGGGACUCCAUACGAGAGUUCAGUGAGAAAGUGAACGGUCCUCGGCCAUGCAUGAUCACGGAGUCACUGACAUUGACCACGGCGAAUGUGAAACCUGAGCAAGAUCCAUUGCCAUCUGACGUGGCACUGCGAAUAGCGGCCAUCCGCGAGACUUUUGAGGAGACGGGUGUGUUGCUGAUGACACGUCCAAAACAUUCGAAAAUCUCCUCGCUGCAUUGGUACGAGGAUAUAGACCUUGUAGCUUGGCAGGAGAAAAUUAGGAAGGAUCCCAUUGCAUUUACUGACUUCUGUCUGGAAGCGAAUGUUUGUCCGGAUAUAUGGUCCCUCCACGAGUGGUGGGACUGGUUGACUCCCACAUCUGUGGGACACAGGAGGUACGAUACAAUGUUCUACGUAUGCUGUCUAGAAAAACAACCUGACGUCGUCUUAGAUCACAGUGAAGUCAUAACACUGAAGUGGUGUACACCGCAGGAAAUGUUGGAAGAACACUCGACGAAUUCCGUGUUUUUGGCACCACCACAAGUGUACGAACUGUCGCGGAUCAUUCACUUCCAAUCCUUCCAGUCUUUGAGAAACUUCGCUGUGUCUAGAGGUGACAAGGGAGUCGAACGGUGGUUACCUGUGAUCAUCACCUGUAAAGAUGGAGCUAUCUCGCUUCUGCCAGGCGAUGAAAUGUAUCCCAGAAAGCCAGACUACCUUGGAAAAAGUCCAGGACCAGACUACGGAGUCAGCGUAGAUGAAAUGAGAAAAAGGCACACCGACGUACAUAGAAUGGAAGUGCGAGGACCUAUCUGUACGGCAAUUAGCAACAUCAGUCCCACUUGCGGCCAUCUCCAACCUUUGACCUACGAACCGGACAGACCGAUAGCCCAGUCUUACCUGUGAUUUCAAAAUGUUUUCCUCCUCGGUCUUGUUGCCAUAACCAGUUUGGUCUUGGUAUAAGUCAAAGAAUCUUGGUCUUCGAUGGACUCGCUAAUUUAUUUGAUGACUGGAUGUACAGAAUCUUAUUUACUUCAGGUUACAAGCAUAAAGACUCAAAUGCAUAGUGCAAAUUCACUAGCAAUCCAUCCACAGGAGAACUCUAGUUUGGUCAAUUAUGCACUGUCGCUGAGACAAAUUUAAUCACUCAGUGAAUUAUUUGGAAACUUCAAAGUGGAAAAUGGUCCUUUUGGUAUUGUCAAUCUCCAGCUUUUUCAUAAAAGGAAGAAAAAAAAUUCUACGAACACCAAGCAUACCUCGACAGUGAUAAUAAAGAAAAACCUCGUUUCAUAUAAAAGCAUACCUUAAAUAAUGCAACUGUACAUUUUCAGUGUAUAUGUCUUAAGCUAAUUGUAUAAUUCAGCUCUUUGCAACAAUUCGGCGUUAUUUCACGAUGUGUUAAUUGGAAAAGUCUCCAAUAUGUUCCAAUCAGUUGGACACUUUUUAGGCUUAUUACUGUGAGAUCAUUUACCUCUAAGCCAAUUAGAAAAUAUUAAAUUCCCUUGAUUUACUUUAGACAAUUUACAAUAAGCCGAGAGUAGUGAAGGCUGAUUAUACUAAACCAAAGUAAAUUAAUUCAGUAUGAGUAAUUUUUUGCACAUUUCCAUAUGGGAUGAUUGUAAAAUGUCUAAAAAAAAUAACAAGCAUAUUAGAAACUAAGGAUUUUUCCAAUCAGCCUGGCGCGUUUUAAAUUGCCUGUAACAUUUGCAAAGUGCCGGAUUUUUUAAUUAGCCUGAUGUCAUAGUACAAUUUAAAGAAUAAAACUACAAAAAAUU